GAAAAUUCACGUUACAUGCGGCCAAUUUUUUUUUUUCAAAGAUAGAAACGCCGAAAAUACUAAACUUUUUUCUGCAUUCAAAAUAGUAUAAAAGCGAUAUAACAAUUUAACGCCAUAACGUUAAAUAAAACAUGGAAAACAGGCUAGAAGAAUUAGAAGUAAUGAGUUUCUUUGAAUGCUGCAUAUGUCAGAGAAACUUGAAAGAUGCUCAACUGUGUCCACAUUGUUCAAAAAUGUUCUGCCGAACAUGUAUCUUUACAUGGUUUGAAAAAGAUAAAAGUUGUCCAUGCUGCCGAAUCCACAUUGACGAAUCUAGCCUGGUAAAAGGACGCUCGAUUGAGGAUAUGCAGAUAAUGUUUGAAAAGUUUCACAUUUUGGAUGAGCGAAACCGUUGCAAAAAACACAAGACACGUGAACUCUCUCUAUUUUGCAUAAUCUGCGAAGAGUCGAUUUGCACGAACUGUUGGAAUAUGGAACCGCAUCUUGAACACAAGGAGCAAACGGUCCCAGUCGACGAAGCUUGCAAUCAGUAUCAGGGGCAACUGAAAAGCGAUUUACUAUGGCUGGAAGAAUGCAAUGCUUCAAAACAGUUUUUAUUGAAAAAAAUUGAAAACUACGAGACUUUACUGACCGACGAGCUCAAACUGAUGCAAGAUAAACUCGAACAAAUGACAAAUGCUGGUGUGCAACAUUUUGAACAGCAGCUCAAAAUCCAGAAAACGGCAAAGGAUUCGUUGCAGGACAAUAUAGAGAAAACUGCGGAUUUAUGCAACCAGUGGUCUAUUCUCUUGAAGGCGGAAAAUAAUGCAAAUGUUUUACAUCAGUUGAUGGAAGCCAAAAAGACAGUCGAUUCGAAGCGUUUGGAACAGGAUCCCAAUAGAAACAUAGUCGAGCCAUCAUACAAAAAUGAUGUUGCCCCCGAACCAACGGAGCUAUUGUUUCAUAUGAAACAAUUUAAUGAAGUUAUUUCUGAACAUAAGUUUUAUGAAUCACAGCAAAAUUGUCACAGCUUCCAAUGGAUGCUACGACUUGAGUCGGUAAAUGAAAAAUCGAUCUGCUAUCUACGUUUGAUGAAAGGAUUUCCCGGAGAAUACUGGGUAGCACUAAAUACCAAGCAACCGCAACGCUUGCAGUUUGCAGAGGGCGCCAGUGUUGAGCUCGGCGAGCUCGAUCCGACUAUCGGGGACGAUGAUUCCCUAAAAGUUCUGGUUCGCAUUCGUCACUGGGAAACGUUUGCCCAAAAAUGUGCUCAGCUUGAGGAGUAUGUGAAGCAACUCGAGCGUGAGAACGCAGAAAACAAAAGUAUUCUUGGUGUGCUGGCCGAUUGGCAGAGCAAAAAUUCCUGUUAAGUAUUCCCGCCUUUGUUAUUAGUGUUUUCAUCAUAGUCGGUUUGAUUUUGGUGGUUUUCAAACAUUUACUAACAUUAUUAACAAAUGUCCUGUUUCGCCUAUAGUUUUUCUAACAAUAAAGCUAUACUAACGUUUGGAUCUCACUAAAAUAGUAAAGGCAUGUUUUCAUACGACAGGUUAUGGGUUUGGCAGUUGAGAGAAACUACGAUUUGGCGGUAGUGGCUAGAGAUGGUUUUAUUUCAGAUAUUUAU